AUGAUUGUCGAUCUGUUUCUCAACCAAGAUACCCGAGCUUCGCUCAUUGGUGCCGGUUUUGUCCUUCUGAUAUCCUGGGCUCUACGCUCCAUCUUCUUCCAAAGAUCCAAACUGCCAAUUAUCAACAAGCACAGUAUCUUCGAGCUCGGCCAGCUCUCGUCCAAGAAGGGCUACGUCUCUGGUGCUGCUAAGCUGAUAAGAGAUGGGUUUGCUUUGUCCGCAAAAGGUUUCCGUCUCAUCACCGACAAUGGUUGCCAAAUUGUGCUGUCCCCAAAGUAUCUGGAGGAAAUCCGCCAGCAUCCCGACCUGAGCCGUGAUAAAGCUUCUGCUAAGGAGCUCAUGUCUCAUCUCCCGGGGUUCGAGGUUUUCCGGGAAGGAUCCAAGGAUGAACGCAUUCUCCACGACGCCGUAUUGACUAAGUUGACUAGAACACUAGGACGUGUCACCGAGCAUCUCUCUGCUGAAACAGCGCUGAGCUUUGAAACCCACUGGACAGAUGAACAUGAAUGGCACGCAGUACCCCUUCGAUCGAGCCUUACGCAGAUUAUUGCCCAGACGUCUUCUCGUGUUUUCUUGGGCGAAAAGCUUUGCAGAGACCCUGAAUGGCUACACAUUACGAUAAACUACGCUGUGCAUGUAAUUACGGCUACCGAGCAGCUCCGUCAAUGGCCUCAUAUGCUCCGGCCUGUUGUUCACUGGUUUCUUCCAACCUGUCGGAGGUUGCGUCAAGAUAUGCGCGAUGCUUUGGGUUUAAUUCUCCCAAUUCUGAAAGAGCGACAAGAGGAAAAGGCGGCUGCCAGAGCUGCAGGAAAGACACCAGUGUCAUACAGCGAUGCCAUCGACUGGAUGGAGGAUACCGCAAAAGGCCGUCCUUAUAACCCCGCUAUCUCUCAACUUUUGCUUUCCAUGGCGGCCAUUCAUACCUCAUCCGACAUGCUGACCCAGGUUUUGUUCGAUAUUGCUGGAAAGCAAGACUUGGUGACAGCACUACGUGAUGAGAUCAUGACUGUUGUCAAUGACAAUGGUUGGAGCAAGAUCUCACUUUACAAGUUGGUUUUGAUGGAUAGCACUAUCAAGGAAAGUCAGAGACUUAAGCCUAUUGCCAUUACACCUAUGCGUCGUCUCGCAACCAAAGAUGUGUCUCUAUCGGACGGCAUGUUUAUUCCAAAGAAUACGACCAUUCUAUUUCCCGCGGAUGCUAUGUGGGACCCAGAUUUCUACGAGAAUCCAAAGGAGUUUGAUCCCUACCGGUACAUGCGCAUGCGGGAGUCCCCCAAUCGCCAGGCUCAAACAGCCGCUCAGCUAGUUUCGCCUUCGCCAAACCACCUCGGCUGGGGCUUCGGACAGCACGCCUGUCCAGGUAGAUUCUUUGCUGCUAAUGAACUCAAGAUUGCACUGUGCCAACUUUUGUUGAAAUAUGAUUUCAAACUAGACGCAGAGCGCUUGCCAGAAGUUCGUCGUCAUGGAACUUCUAGAACUGCUGAUCCAGUCGCUAAGCUUGUGAUUCGGAGACGUGUGGACAAUGCUGCAGUUCAGGACCUGCCAUGUAUGGCUUGA